AUGACACGCCCUAUUUUCACGCCGACGUACCACCAUGCCCCCUAUCCAGCAAUAACCAACGCAGUUGCGACUGGGAAAAACGUCGUAAUCACCGGUGGAGGAAAGGGUAUUGGGAAAGCCAUCGCCUUUGCCUUCGCCAGAGCCGGUGCAAAGGGCAUCUCUAUCAUAGCGCGUGGCGAGAAACAACUUGAGGAAACAGCUAAAGAGCUCGCUCGCAAGCACUCCAAGGUCACAAUUGACUACCAAGUCGUCGACAUCUUGGACUUCGAUUCCGUCAAAGCUGCUCUCGAGAGAUCCGCGACACUCCAUGGUUCGCUCGAUAUUCUCAUCAACAACGCGGGCUAUCUCUCAGACCAGUUGCCCGUGGCUACUUCUCCACUACCCGAUUGGUGGUCUGGUUUCGAAGUCAAUGUCAAGGGCACUCUUCACGCAACUCAGGCUUUCCUCGCCGUUGCGCACUCUCCCGAGGCUACGGUUAUCACGAUCAAUUCGCUCGCUAGCCACGUCUCUUCCAAUGUCACCAAAAACUACUCCUCGUACUGCGGGUCUAAGCUUGCGGCUGUGAACAUGAUGGAGCAUUUGCAGGUGGAGGAACCGAGCCUAAGGGUCUUCAGCAUCCAGCCUGGAAUUAUUGCUUCGGAUAUGCAGGCUAGAGCCAAAGGAUUCACAGCAGAGGAUGAAAUCGAACUGCCGGGUGCGUUUUGUGUCUGGCUCUCUAAUCCCGAGGCGGAUUUCCUGAAAGGCAGAUUUGUCUGGGCGAACUGGGACGUGGAGGAACUGAAAGCUAGAGCCGCGGAGAUCGUAGAGAAGGAUCUGUUGACAGUUAGACUUAGCGGCUGGCCGACUGAGGGGUCUUUUUAA